GGCCCCGCCCUUUCCCCCGCGUUCGGUUCCGUGCUGCGCGGGGCCGGGAUCGAGGCUGCCGGAGGAGCUUAGGGGAGACCCUCGGGCGCGCGCAUGGUGCUGCUUGGCAUGCAGAGAUGGCAACGGGCGAGCCUGGCUCACCGAUGCGGGAAGGGACGGUGCUGCCGAAGGAGCAGGCCGGGCUCUGCCCCACGGAUACAGGGGGGGAUGAGCCCAGCGCUGGCCCGGAGGAGCAGGAGGAGCUGCUUGCCCCGCAGAGCAACGGGCCUGUGAGAGUGGCUGAUGGCCAGGGGGAUGCCCAGGAGGAGCCAAGCGACAAGGAGCUCUCAGACUCGGCCUCCACCGACAACACCUUAGAGGACUCGAGCGAGUUUGGGCGGCCCCUGGGGGUGGGGGUCUGUGAGCCGGGGGGCCCCCCGACCACGCACCGUGACGAGGACGUGACGGCCGCCAGCUGGCGGGCCCGCCGGAAGCACGUCUUCGUGCUGAGCGAGGCCGGCAAGCCCAUCUACUCUCGCUAUGGCAAUGAGGAGGCCUUGUCCUCCACCAUGGGCGUCAUGAUGGCGCUGGUGUCCUUCAUCCAGAGUGGUGACAACGCCAUCCGCUCCAUCUACUCGGAUGACCAGAAGCUGGUGUUCGUGCAGCAGGGCCCGCUGGUGCUGGUGUCGGUGUCGCGGACGCUGCAGUCGGAGCAGCAGCUGCGCCAGGAGCUGCUCUACGUCUAUUACCAGAUCCUCAGCAUGCUGACCCAGGUGAGCAUCACCCGCAUCUUCGAACGCAAGAAGAACUACGACCUGCGGCGCCUGCUGGCCGGCUCUGAGAAGAUCCUCGACCGCCUGCUCAACCUGGUGGAGUCGGAUCCCGGCUUCCUGCUGGGGGCUGUGCGCUGCCUCCCCCUCCCUGCCUCCCUGCGGGACGCCCUGGGCACCCUGCUGCAGAAGGCCAUCACCCCCAACCUGGUCUUCUCCAUCCUGGUGGCCCGCAGCCAGCUGGUCACGGCGGUGCAGGAGCGGGCGGUGAUCGAGGAGUGCCGGCUGGAGCCCACCGACCUCCACCUGCUGCUCAACCUGAUUGGGGCCAGCUCGGCCUUCCAGGCUGGGGAGAUCUGGACGCCCAUCUGCCUGCCCCGCUUCAACCCUGACGGGUACUUUUACGCCUAUAUCUCCUACCUGGACGCGGAGUGCACCGUGUGCCUGGUGCUGCUCUCGACCGACAAGGAGUCUUUCUACGCCGUCUCGGACUGCAAGAGGCGGGUGGAGGAGGCCAUGCGGACUCAGGGCUCGCUGCAGGUGCUCUCGGGCGGCCUGCAGAGCCCCUCCUAUGGCGUGGGGCAGGUCGGGGUGCCCGACUUGCGGCACUUCCUCUACAAGCCACUGGAUAUCCCGGAGAACUACCGCCAGCUGCCCCAGUUCACCAGCCCAGAGCUGGAGGGGCCGUACUGCAGUGAGGAGGAGCAACACCGGCUCUUUGACCUCUACCAUCACCUGCACAGCCGCAUCCACAGCACCUCUCGCCCCCUACGCCUCAUCUACCAUGUGGCCGAGAAGGAGACGCUACUCGCCUGGGUCACCAGUAAGUUUGAGCUAUACACCUGCUUCAGCCCCAUGGUAACCAAGGCCGGCGCCAUCAAUGUCCUCACCAAGCUGUUACGCUGGAUCAAGAAGGAGGAGGACCGGCUCUUCAUUCGCUAUCCCCCAAAGUACUCUACUACGCCCAACCCUGGGAAGGGCACCAAGGGGGGCCGGCCUGAUGGUGCGGAGAAUGGAUUUUUUGCUGGCCUCUAAGCCUGGGCCUGCUUCACCUGAGGCCCCUGUGUUUCACUGGUGAUUGGAUAACUUGGGGGGGAAAUCCCUUCUCCUCUUUGAAGGGGAGGUCGGGGAACGCACAUGCACCCCCCCCUCCACCAGAGAAACCACACUCUCUAGGAGCUGGAUCAGGCUUGGCCUGGCCCCUUCCAGGGUGGUGGCGACGCAUGGUUAUCUGCCUGUCUUAUUUAUUGGCCUACUCGUGUCUCGGAGCCUCUGUUGGGGAAGCCGGAGUGGGGGUUAUUGCUUCACUUUGGGCCUUGUGCUCCAGGCUGAUGAGGGGGGUGGCGAGCUUACACUCUGGCUUGCGUAGGCCUGUACCGAAGGACUCCACCUGCAUGGUGGAGCUGGGGUUGGGUGCAGCUUCUUCCAUCUCCUUGACGGAAGCUGUUUGCGGCUCCUUCCCCUGGAGCCUCUGCUUUCCGCCUCCUGGUGUGGAUCGGCCACAGGCCCCUAUGAAAUGGACUGUGAUUGUGUUUUCCUUUCCUUUGGAUGAAUUGUAGCGAAUUGCACCCUUGGCAUCGGAGCCCAACCUGCUUUGAAACCAUUUUUCAACAUCCUCUGCUCUUUAAAAACCUGGGCCUGGAAUGAACUUAGGUUUCUCGCAGGCACCUAGAAGUUGGCGACUCAUGUUUGCCAAUUGAUUUAACUGGGUGCUGUGUCUGGAAAGAUGGCUGUAUGUGCGGUGGGAAGGAGAUUACUCCCUCGUCCACCCCCCAUGCACACACUCCUUGCGAUGCUAUUAAUUGAAAGUGGAUGUUGGAGAUGCCCACUGUGUUGUGCUCUCCCUCCCUGGGCUGGUCGUGUUCGUUAACGCCUGCGCUAAUGCACUCUCCCCUGUCUGUAUUAAUUUAAUGUUCCCUUUGGAAAGGCAGAUCCUUUCACAGGAAUGUUUAAAUGCUCUUUGAAAGCAAUGAACUGCCUCCCUCGCCAGUGACGUCUGUGCCCUGUGCUAUGUUAACUGGGCUGCCCCGUCACUCUUUUCAGUCUCCCUGUCCAUUCUGGUUGCUAGAAGGAAGGGCUGUUUGAUCCCCUGUGGCCUUGUACCAAUCUGCAGUGGGAUUGACCCAGAAUCCGCUGGGUCUGUUUCUCGCAGGAAGAUCAUCCCACGCCUCUAGAGAGCCAGCCCCUGCCUGCGUCUCCUUUUAACUUGCGUUUAGCUGCUCCAGUGAGACCUGGCGGGGUUGGGGAAGCAGAAACAGUUUUCACAUGCAUGACGUGCUGUGCCUAGAACCGUCUUGGCUGACUGUCAAAUGAGGUCUCUUCCUGGCUGGUGUGUUCAACUGAGAAUCAAAGUCUUAUUAAAAAGUUGUUUUGA